AUAGGUAACUCAUUCCCUGUACUGAUCAUUAGUGUGCAGGAAGCCUUGGGCUGAGCAACGAGCUGUCACCGAGAUCCAGACCCAUGAAGUAAAGGAUCCCGGGGUGUUAAUUCUAUCUACUAUCCUGUUUCAUCCCAAAGAUGCACACACCGACUGCGCCUCCACCCCCCCAUCCUUAUUAUGACAACAGGGGGUUCCAGGGAGAUCACAGCAAUUUAUAUGUGAACCAAGCACCAUACAAUGGGAACCGAGUACCGUACAAUGGGAACCAAGCACCGUACAAUGGGAACCAAGCACCGUACAAUGGGAACCAAGCACCGUACAAUGGGAACCAAGCACCGUACAAUGGGAACCGAGUACCGUACUAUGGGAACCAAGCACCAUACAACGUGUAUACUUCGGCUCCUUCACCCAAUCACCGUGUCUCUCCAGUGCCACAUCACCUGCCCAAUGUAUCCCCUCACCAAUCUGUGCCAGCAAACCAACAAGUGAAACCCUCGGGGUUGUUCUCUGCCGGUAGGAAACGGUGUGUUUGUAUCUGCGCCACCAUCUGUAUUAUUUUGGUAUUAGCGCUCAUCGUCGCAGUGCUCUGCUGGUAUUUUGUAACUACCAGCUGUGAAAAGAAAUGCGGAACAUCUAAGCAAUGUGUAAAAGCUUCCCAGUGGUGUGAUGGCAAAUCGGAGUGUCCCAAUGGAGAAGAUGAGAGCUACUGUGUACGAUUAUAUGGAGAUAAGUUUAUAUUACAAGCUUAUUCCCCAACAAAGUCAGCCUGGAUGAGUGUGUGCUUUGAUGACUGGAACAAUAAUUAUGGAAUUCAAACGUGCCAAGCCAUAGGCUACAAGAGGUCCAGUUAUAAUAACACUUAUCUGGAAAAUGUCACAUCAGACUUGAAAGGUUUUGUCAGUAUAAACACCAGUGCGUCUUUUGACAGGCUGCAUACUAGUGUCAGAAGCAGGGAUUAUUGUCCAUCUGGAAAAGUGAUCUCUCUAAGGUGCAUAGAUUGUGGAAAAUCUAGUAAGAACUUGGUGAACAGAAUAGUAGGCGGUACAAUGGCUCAGAAUGGGGACUGGCCCUGGCAAGUGAGCCUACAGAUCGGCAGAUCACAUGUUUGUGGAGGGUCCAUCAUUACACCGGACUGGAUUCUCACUGCUGCACACUGCGUAGAAGGAGCUUAUGCUAACCCCAACCAGUGGAACGUCUAUGCUGGGUCAACCAUCAGAUCAGUUGGUUCUAUCUCCUUGGUGCAAAAAGUAAUUUCUCAUCCCAACUACGACAAAGAAACCAAGGACAAUGAUAUAGCACUGAUGAAGCUAAAAACCAGCCUAGCCUUUUCUUCCACGACCAGGCCGGUUUGUUUACCAAACGCCGCAAUGCCAUGGAGUGACACCCAGUCAUGCUGGAUCUCUGGCUGGGGUUACACUUCUCAAGGAGGCACCACUUCCACUAACCUGAUGGCAGCCAACGUGCCCUUGAUUGACUCCAAAACCUGCAAUAAGCCUUCUGUUUACAAUGGAGCCAUCAGCAGCGCCAUGAUAUGUGCAGGAUACCUCUCCGGAGGGACCGAUACUUGCCAGGGAGACAGUGGCGGUCCUUUGGUCACUAGAACAAACUCCUAUUGGUGGCUUGUCGGUGACACAAGCUGGGGAACAGGCUGUGCCAAUGUUAAUAAGCCUGGAGUCUACGCCAAUGUAACAGCGUCUCUGGACUGGAUCUAUUUACAGAUGCAGACCUACAGCUGAUGACGUUAGACUGACUGCAUCUACUUCCCAGUUAGGUGUAACUUCCAUAGUGAUGGUAACAAAUCAAAAAGAAGAAAGCGCUGCGCACUUUAUCAUGUGGCCUCCAUUUCAUAAACCCUACGGGUGUUCAGAGCAACCGUUUGCCUGAUAUACUAUCUGGAUUGUACUGUAUAUUUUAUCAGGUGAAAGCCACUAUUAAUGCUUGCAGAAGACAGGGGGCGCCACGCUGCCUGGUUGUUGAAAGCAGCCAUGGCGCCAACUAGUGGACAAUCUGUAAAUAUUUUAUACUUUUUUUUA